CUGAUAGAAGAAGUCCAAGGGAGAAUCAAGCAUCGAUUUUCCGAACCGUGGGAAGAUAGUGACCUGAUUCUUGUGGUGGAGGGUGAGAGGAUUCAUGUUCAUCGCCUGAUACUGAGCAUGAACUCACCUGUGUUCAAGGCCAUGUUCAAAUCACAGUUUAAGGAGGCUUCCUCAGAAGAGAUUCCACUGCCUGAGAAGAAAGCAAAUGAAGUAUUAGACCUCUUGAAGCAUGUUUACUCCAAACAUUUUUUUGAAGAGUCAGUGGAAAUCACUAGUAAGGCAUUGCAUUUUCUUCGUAGUAUUUUAAAGGAUAAAAAGUGACGUAGUCGAGCGCUUAGGGUGUGAUAUCUGGGUCCCCAAUAGGUUUUUCUGGAUGCGGGAUUUCCCUUAUUUGGAACUCGGGAUUCGGGAUUUUAGAGCAAAAUCGGUGCGAGAUUCGAGAUUGACUACGGGAUUCAAAGAAAUUUGGGUCGGGAUUGCAGGAUUGAAAGACCGUUUCGGGAGACCCUCCUCUUAACAGUCUUAAGACAACAAUGCAUGUAUUCUAUGCACACAACAACAACAAUAACUUUUAUCUACAAGACUAUAAUUACUUACAGUAUUGCAAAAGGUACGUAAAAUAAAAACUGGAAGAAAAAGAAACAGAAAUUAUGAUAUUGAUAACAGAUAAGCAAGUGACAUUAUUCUUACGUGACUGUACACUCAUUACUCAAUAAUGAAUUAUAAUGCCAGAUAACUAUCCAGUUCGGAGUCAACAGUUAAAUCAGGGUAUAACUCUGUAUUUGAGCGAAAAAUUCAUUAGUAAGUGUGAAAUAUUUUGGGAAAUAGUGAAUUGCAAAACUCAGUUUCAUUGGAAUCGCAAACUGGACGUAACCUUUUGUCAUGAGGAGUUUGAAUAUAUCUUCCAGUUUCGAUCAAAGUUUAUGAUUCCUUACAAUUACGCGUAAUUGUGCCAAAGCCUUUCUAUCAAUUGUUUUUCUAGUUAGUUUUAAAUAACUUGAAAUUUCAUAAAAAUAUUUAAACGUGUUAUAAAACUCUAAUUUCCUAGUAUAAUUUACGGUAUAACGCCACUGGCUGAUAUAUAUUUUAUCCAGCACUCUACUGGAAUUAAAUUAACUGCGAAAACCGUGGACGAAUAUCCUGCUGGUUAUAAACGUUGGAUCUCUAGAAAAGAGAUCUAAUCAGCCAAAAUAUUAAGAACCUAAAACGAGAAGUCCAAAGGCUACUGCAAAGCUGAUCAGUACAACGUGUAUUGUUUUUUCAUAACAAUAUUUCGGCUGCCAUACCAGCCUUCUUCAGGUUUACAGAUGUUACAGCGAUGUUACUAAAUUUACCAUAGGAAUCACAAUAGACACAAUGCCGUGUGGCACGAAAUUUUUGCGGGAGUUUAGUUUUUGCGGAUUGGCGAUUUUUUGUGUUUUGCGGGAACUAAUUUUUGCGAUAAGAACAGAUUGGUAUUUCGUGCUGGGAAUUAAUUUUUGCGAUUUUCAGAAAGUACCCAGUACCCAGCAUUGAUAAUAUUUUGGUUUUUUAUAGAGUACGUGCAACAAAAAUACAUAUUUUCAAGCAAUAAACCAGUAUUUCGUUGUUUCUGAGUGAAAGAGACAAGUUGUGGUUGAACAGACGCGAUUUCUUAGCACUUUAUUUUUGUGUAGCGAAUUUAAGUUAGAGAAUAUUUACUCUGGAGAAAAUUUUUGCGGCAAAAAUGUUUGCGGUUAUUUUUAUUGGCGGGAACUUAUUUUUGCGGAUCGCUGGAAAACCGCAAAAAUCGCAAAUAUUAGAACCCGCAAAAAUUUCGCGCCACACGGUAUUAUAUAGAUGGAGAAUGUCGCAAUAAAAAUUGUUUAAAAGGAAGAGGCGGAAAUGACGUACAACACAGAAAACUGGAAGAGAAAAAAUAAUAAGGAUAUGGAUUACAAUAACUCGUCACGGCGGCUUAGGCCAUUAGACUUCCUUACGAACUGAGUCACGUGAAGAAUGAAUUUUCUUAGCCUGCGAAAACAGCCGUUUCUCCUCGCUCCUCGCCGCCGGGGGACGUUUCGCGCGAAGGAACGUGUGCGACUCAACGACAGAAAUUCCAUACUGAUGACGUAAACCAAUGUUUACAAAAUAAAUCAGGUAGUCAUGGGGUUCCAAGUGCAAAUUUGUUCAAUUUUACGUUUUUCCUGGUCGAUUUUGGGAAAGUGUGGUGUUCAUCUGCGAACGAGCGCCAGCAAAACUGAAAUGCUUCUUCUAGAGAAGAAUAUAUUCCACAAAUAUUGACUGUUUUGUUAUAGAAUCAUCGCGUUUACAUUUGACCUUCGUAGCCUGACUCAGUUCGUAAGGCUAGGGAGUCGCAUUUGAUAGACAGGGUAUGGUUUCGGGUCAAAUGUCUUAAACAGGGUAUAAAAAAAUCGGAAUUCUGUCUUAAACAAGGUAGGAAAACAAGCGAUUUUUGUCUUAAACAGGGUCAGGGUAUGAGGGGCCGGGCCGCACCUCCCCACCCAAGGAUGUAUCGAGUACCCCCCCCCCCCGCCUCAGGCGCUUAAUACAGGUUUGAUUGUAGGUAAAUAACAAGUUCAAAAGUUGAGUUAUUUUCUUAAAAAACGCUUGAGCGUUUAUAUAGUUUACUCCACAAAAAUUCUGACUUAAUUUUUGUGUUCAUUUAUAGUCGAAAACGUGGAACAUCUUCUCAAGCUAAGCGAUGAAUACCAGGUCAAACACGUCUUUGACGCUUGCAUCAAUUUUGUUAAAAGUGAACGAAUAGAAAAUGAAACUGUGAUGAAACUACGUAGAAUGUCAGAUUUGUAUAAUCUGGAUACUGUAGCGAAAGGUUGCAAAGAUUUUAUUUCAAACAUGAAAUUGAAGAAGCUGUAUAAAGCUGUUAAACCGGAACAUCUUGACCAAGAAACCUUGCGACACUUCCUGGAACAAAGGAUUAACCGGCUGGAAACGUUUUUUGAUAAAAUGUAUCCUGAAUUCAUGGGAAUGGUGGAGUGUUUGUUUUGGCUGAUGCAAAAGUCCGAGCUGGGUGUGGGUUGGUGUGAACAACAUGUUACCGACGGCAAAUUUAAAAACCGACUUAGCAUCGACAGUCAAGAGGUAAGAGAGUGUUCAAGGUGCCAAAGAAUGCUCUAUUCAGUAUGGAGAGCAACCAGCUCAGGUAAGGGAAGGGGACAAAUGUAUUGGAACUACCAUUAUGGCGGACACCCCUGGCAGGGGUAUCAUUUCCAAAAUUUGGAAUCAACUAUCAAGGAAUUCUGCAAAUUGAAAAAUUGUUAA